AUGUCUGAGUUUCAUAGACCCCGCCGGGGAGCCGGCAGAGGGAGUGCUGCAGCAGCUGAGGGGGGCCAGCUUAGGUCAGCAGCAGCAGCAGCAGCAGCAGCAGCAGCACAAGCAGCAACAACAGCAGCAGCAGCAAGAGCCCCAACACAAGCAGCAGCGUCAACAGACCCCGCCGGGGAGCCGGCAGAGGGAGUGCUGCAGCAGCUGAGGGGGGCCAGCUUAGGUCAGCAGCAGCAGCAGCAGCAGCAGCAGCAGCACAAGCAGCAACAACAGCAGCAGCAGCAAGAGCCCCAACACAAGCAGCAGCGUCAACAGGUGCUGCAGCAGCUGCUGCUCCAUCUGCUGCUGCUGCAAAUACCGUGCGAGGCGCACAGCUACAAACAGGGAGAACGGCAGCAGCACCUGCAGCAGCAGCAGCAGCAGCAGCAGCAAGAGCAGCAGCAGGAGCAGCACCAAUGCGAAGACCACGAUCAGCAGGUCGAGGCAGCGCCGCCAGCAGCGACAGCAGCAGCAGCAGCAGCAGCAGCAGCAGCAGCAGCAGCAGGGGCAGGCCCCAUCAGCAGAAGCACCGGCUCAGGCAGCAGCAGCAGCAGCAGCAGCAGCAGCAGCAGCAGCAAACCCUCUUUGAUAGCUUCAGAGCAGCGGCGGGAUCGUCCUGCUGCUGCUGCGGGUGCAGCAGCAGCAGCAGCUGCUGCUGCUGCUGCUGCUGCUCGUCCUGCUGCUCUUCCGCGUGCUUCUGCUCUCUCGCCUGCUGCAGCUGCGGUUUUAUUCAGCAACAACAGCAGCAACACCUUUAGCAGCAGCAGCAGCAGUAGCAGCAGCAGCAGCAGCAGCAGCAGCAACAGGGGGCGCUGGCGAGGCAGAGGCCGUUUUGCCGCAGCGAGGCAGCGCCGCCAGCAGCGACAACAGCAGCAGCAGCAGCAGCAGCAGCAGCAAGCAGCAGCAGCAGCAGCAGCAGCACCUCCUGUUGCUGCUGCAGCAGCUGUUCCUGCUGUGCAGCAGCAACGACAGCAACAGCAGCAACGACACGAGCAGCAGCAGAACCAACGACAGAGGCAACACCAGCAGCAGCAACAGCAGCAGCAGCAGCAGUAUAAAAUCAUAGUAUCAUCUACAGGCCAAGGCUCUGCAGCACCUGCUGCUGCAGCACCGACAGCAACAGCAGCAACGACACGAGCAGCAGCAGAACCAACGACAGAGGCAACACCAGCAGCAGCAGCAGCAGCAGCAGCAGCAGUAUAA